GAAGCCCUCGCAACCGCGACCUCCGGAGUUUCUGUUGUUGACAGGCGCAGUAGCCAUUUAUUUCCCACGCGUAAUACCCUCUGGUCACCGUGUGCGACAUGGCGGUUCUGUGUCUCGCUCGGGGAGCGUUCACGUGCGCCACAAAACACGCGGGUCGGUAUUCGCGCGUGCCGUUUCUCUCCGGUGUUUCGGCUCCGGCGGGUGUCCGCGUUAGACGGAACAGCUGCCGGGACACCGGCCGCGGGGACGGCCCUGCUCGGUUCGUGUGCUAUCGCCUUCCUCACAGGGCCGUCCUCGCCAUCCAGGGGCCGGACACCGGCCCGUUUCUGCAGGGGAUCGUCACCAACGACGUGGGGCUGCUGGAGGAGCCCGGACUCACAGCCCUGUACUCGCACAUGCUGAACGUACAGGGAAGAACCCUGUAUGACGUCAUGCUGUACAGCCUGAAAGGAGCUGAAGAAGGACAGGGUGUUUUCCUGGAGUGCGACGGCACACUGAAGGACUCGAUCGUGAAGCAUUUGAAGAUGUACAAGCUCCGCAGAAAGCUCACCAUAAACCCCUGUCCAGAGCUCUCCGUGUGGGCGGUGCUUCCCAAGCAAAAGAACGCGGGUCAAGAGGCCAGUAAACCUGAGCUCUGCUCCCCGGACAAAGCUCUGGUGUGGGACGCCGAUCCUCGAACUCAGGAAAUGGGCUGGAGAUUGGUGCUGGACAGUCGAGUUGACCCCUUGGAUAUCGUUGCAUCGUGUCAGAAAGGUGACACGGGAGAGUAUCACAGACAUCGAUACACAAUAGGGCUUCCUGAGGGAGCGAGGGACCUUCCCCCUGGGCUGGCGCUACCGCUGGAGUCGAAUCUCGUCUUCAUGCGAGGCAUCAGCUUCAGCAAGGGCUGUUACAUUGGCCAGGAGCUCACGGCCAGGACCCAUCACACCGGGGUGGUUCGGAAACGCCUGAUGCCGGUGCGACUGUCGGCCCCGGUCGGAGACCUCGAGGACGGAGCCGCGCUGCAAACGCGGUCCGGCAAGCCGGCCGGAAAGCACCGGUCGGGGGUCGGCGAGCUGGGCCUGGGCCUGGUCCGCUUGGCUCACGCCAAAGAAACGUUGACGCUCAAGUCUUCCGGCGAUGCCGCGGUGUCGCUCGAGGCCUCCGUGCCAGACUGGUGGCCGAAAGACAAGAGCGGCGACUGAAGAGGAGGACGUUUUACAGCUCCCUGAAAUGUGACGUACAUCCCAUCUGACAGACUUCUUCCAGACAGAACUCUGAAGUACAGCGCGUUACGCUGUCAUUGCGUCACAGCUGUGUGGCACUAAUGUUGCUUUGUGAGGUUUUUUUUCUUUUGUUUUCCAACAAAUCUUUUUGGGGUGUUGGUUUUUUUCCCCAAAACGGGAAAUUGUUAUAUUCCAAAUUACUAUAUUAUUUAACAAAUCUAUUGCAGCACUGUUUAACAGGAUAUGCCUUUUAAUGGUAUGGUAUCGGUGUUUUUUGAAUAAACACGCACAAAAGCAAUACCAAAAACUC